AUGGCCAAGAAAGAGGGUGACGAGAAGUUGAAUGAGUGGAAGAAUAAGUUGUCUGCGCCCCCGUCCACAGACCCAGAGGAUCGACAAAGGUGCAUUGCGGCCCUUCCGAAUUUUGCCCAGCCCAUUUUGGAUCUCAUUCACACGCACACCAACAUGCAAGCCACCUUAAUUGUGGGUGGACCUGAGCCUGCUGAUGGAGGUCGUUUAAACAUAAUCAGCAUGCAUGCUGGCUCUAUCAAAGGGCCAGUGGGUAUGAACUUUGGACAGGCAGAGAGGGAAGGAUUUCAAGAGGUCAUAACCCCCCUCUUCAGCCGUUACCUUAGAAAAUGCUACACCAAGUCGGAAUGUCAUGCUCAAGCCCUCCCUUCCUCCAACCCCAUUUUAUCCUGGCUCACGGGCAACAAGGUCUCUGUGCACAGGGCCGAUUGGGACAUAGAUCCUUCGGCUGCUGCUGCGGCCCCUCUCAACUCUGCACCACGCCCUUCUACCCCAGUACCUUUGCGCCCUGCUUCCCCGCUCUCUGCCCAUGGAUCUCCUCCACCCUCCCUGCGCGGAUCUCCUCCACCCUCCCUACCCGGAUCUCCUCCCCAUUCUCCAGAUCCUAUUCGUCCCAGUGACGUGCGCGAAGAGGAGUCCGUUUCUGGAAAGAAAAGGAAGGCUUCAUCAUUGUCUAUCGUAGAUUCCGGUGCAGGGGGUGAGAGGGGUGGGGCUAAAAAGAGGAGGGGCAUGACUUCUGCUGUGGCUCCUCCAACCCCCUCCCUUCUUGGUUCACCUCCUGUUCGACAAUGCUUCGUUCACACGACUUGGGCCUCACAUGGCUGA